AUGAUCUAUCACAAUGAUCUCAUAUACGGCACCCGCCAAUCCUUCGGCCGAUUAUUACAACAGUGGAUGGAGGGUUCAACCGCAGAUAACUGCCCCGUCCUACCAGCAACCCUAAGGCUCAAAGACCUCUUGAAAUCCCGAGAUUUGGAAGUCGACCUGGAACUCCACCCUUAUCUCCCCGUACAGAUCGAAGAUCAUUUCAACGAACUCGAAACAUCCGGUCCUCGCGGCGGAGCCUGGGACAAGAUCUGCAUCCAGGAGAUCGACCCCCAGCGAGACCCCGAAAAGCCCGGCAUUCACAUGUGGGAAGGGCAAGUAGCCCCUGGGAUACUAAUGAUCGAAGAGAUUAAGCGGACCCACGGACCCUAUACAUCCGAGAUCAGCCACGCGGUUUACACGCACUAUUUCCCAAUCGAGACUUUAAGAUACAUCUACCUUUUGGAUAUUUGCAAUAAAGACACGAAGGAUUUUGUGACGAAGGAGCUCUACAGCAAACCUAAUGGUCUCCAUUGGCCGGAUGAGACGAUCCGUGAAUGGGAAGAUGGAACCCCGGAAUUCGAGGCCCUUCUGGGCACACAGCUUGGGAGGACUGUCGGAUAUAUGCUUUUGGGGGCUUUCCCGCGUGGAGCUCGUCGGAUUGCUCGGAUCAGAACUUAUUAUGCGUAUGAGGCGCUGCAGAUGCGGUUUGAGGUUGAGGAUGUUGUUCCGACUGUCAUGGUUCGGCGAACGACAGGGUUUCCUCGUUUCCCGAUGCGGACGUUCAGGUCGGCGCCGAAAAUUGCUCGGAGUGGUUGGAAGGGACGGUUUGGUCCCGAGACAAGAUCGGCCUCCCGUCGUCGGAUCAAUAUGGAGGAGGAGAAGGAGAUGACGAUCUUGUAUGAACAGCAGCGGUUGUCUGGAAUUCGGAAACGGUGA